CUUAGGGGAUCAGAGGAUCCAUCACGUGUCCCUCAGCAGGGAUGCUCAGUGAUGGGAGCAUUGAGACUUCCUGCUCCAGAGGCUUCAGCCAGAGGUUAAACCAGGCCCAGAGCAUGAGGUGAUGGCUGGGAUCAGGGCAGGAAGGGGACUCCAGCUCUGACCCAGCCUGAGGGCAUGGCAAGGCUGCUGGCCACCCCACGGCAGAUUGUGGGGCACAAGGUCUAUAAGGGGCAGUGGCCUCGGUACAGCCCAGGGGUCUCUUCUGGCUGUGUGGCACUGCAGGGCAUGUGACUCCCCUUCCUUUGGCAGAUCCUGGCUCCCCCCUUCCCCAGUAACAACAUAGGUCUUCAGAUGAGUUAGGACUGUGUCUGAGGGCCAGAGGUGCCUGCAGCUCCCAUGCUCUGCAGCCCACUCAGGGACAUAUCUUGCAGCCCCUCCAGGGAUUUUGGCACUGAGGUGAUGCAGGAUACAUCCCUGAGUCAGAUUUGCGUGGGUGCCCCGGCCAGCCUUCCACGCUGGGUAACUGCCUUCUGUCUCCCUAAAUUCCCCCUGCAGUUUCAAGUGGAUGUGGGAUUCUCCUUCACUUCCAGUCCUAGUCUGUUGUGUAGCGUUGCUGCACGCUGCUCCGCCACUGCUGCCUUCCAGCCCAGAGGAGGCUGCAUUGCAGUGGUGGCAGCUCGUGGGGAACACAUCGUUGAAGUGCCACUCACACCCCCCACCAUGCCACACACCAGUUGCUGCUUCCCUCUUGUCUCCCUCCUGGGCUGUCACACUGACCCGAAGCAGGAAGGAACAGAGGAAAGAGCUGCUGUCAUGGCACAUUUUCCUGGUGAGACGUCCCUGGGGAUAGGAAGAGGAAACCAAAUGCUGCCAGUGGCUCUCGCAGCCUCAGGUUCCCAAGGGACAGCUGCCAUGAGGGAGCAGCCGGCAGCAGGUGAAGAUGCAUCAGAUACAAGCCUUCAUGGGCCCGGUGUGGCAGGCUUGCUCCAGAACGUCCAGCAACUACUGGUGCAGAUCCUGCAGACGUCACAGCAGCAGCAGGCACUACUGGAGCGCCUGGCCAGCGACACAGUCUCCCACCUCCAGUUCCUCUCCCACAGCCUCGUGCAGGUGGGUGAGACCCUGCACCAGCUCCUGCUCCGGCCACAGACCCACCCUGGCCCCCUUGGCCACUACAUCCCCCAUGUGCCCCUUUUUGAGGGUGGCCCUGGAAAGCCCUGCUCCCCUGGCACUCUCCACACCUCCCCAGACUGCAAAGAGGAGGCUCAGCUGUCCCCUGCCACUGGUUGCACCCUGCCAUGAGUGCCACCAUUACCGGCCCCAGGAGCAACAGCUUUGCUGCACAGCCACGGCACAAAUCUGUAUAGCAAAGGUUCCAGAUAUUUUGAAAGUUUAUAGAAGAGAGACAUUUAAUAAAAUUAAAAAUAGCUUUUCUACCA